GUUUAGUUUCUCAUUUAGUGUCAUACGUGCUUCAUGCUUCUAAUAGCCCCGUAGAUUGUCACCUAUCACCGCAGAAAAGACACGGGAACAAGUAACGCGGACAAUGAAUAACGUGGAACAAUAUGGCAAUAAACAGUGUACACCAAUAGUCAGCAGCCUGGGGUACAGUGUGCUUGUAUUUUAUAUGUAUAUUUUUAUGUUUAAUUAAAAUGCUUGCAGAUAGAAACUCUGAACCUUGUAGUAUGAGUGCAGGUGUUUCUGUGCCGUCUACCAGAGGGAACUGGGGGGGAAAUGGACUGCUUGAUGUUGUUACCUACAUUUCUGAUACGUUUAUAUUAAGGUAAUAAUUAAGAUGAAGUCGAAGUUUAUUCCAUGUCUAUAAAAUCGCUGACAGACGCCCCCACGGUCCUCCCGCACGAGACGGCGUAAUGGGGACUAUCGUAGGUGUCUGGCGUCAGUAUGGAGCAUGACAUCAGGAUCGACAACCUUUAUAAACGCACUGCCGGGAUCAACAUCAAGUAACAUGUGAGCUGCAGCGUGCCUGCGCCGCACAGUUCGGCACAUCGCCUACUUAGGUGCCUUCACACCGCCUAUAGUUUUAUUUACGUAUUUUUUAGCAAAGUAUAUUCAGGCAGAACUUAAAAAUUGCCAAAUGCCUUGUAAGCAGACAUCUGUGUAUUAAACAGGCAGUAGUAGGCUAUAUUAUCAGAACACAUGUAGGCUACCAACCAACAUGAAUAACUCCUUCUCAAGCGACGGCACCAAUUUCUCCGCUUUUUUCUUCUUCUCGGGCAACAGGAGCGAGUCUCUGCCCCUCCGGCUUAAGUCCGGCGCGGUGGCCACCUCCGCCACAAUGUUCGCGGUGGGCGUCCUCGGUAACCUCAUCGCCAUAGUCGUCCUGUGCAUCUCCAAGAAAGAGCAGAAGGAGACCACUUUUUACAUGCUGGUGUGCGGGAUGGCGGUGACCGACCUCCUGGGCACCUGCUUCACCAGCCCGGUGGUCAUCGUCACCUACGUGACCAACAGGUGGCCCGGAGGGGAGCUUCUCUGCCACUUUUUCUCCUUUUCCAUGCUUUUCUUCGGAUCCGCUGGCAUGUCCAUCCUGUGCGCCAUGGCGGUGGAGCGCUACCUGGCCAUAAACCACGCGUACUUCUACUCGCAGUACGUGGACAGGACAAUGGCGAGGCUCGCUCUCACAGCCACCUAUUUAGCCAACGUCGUGUUGUGCAUCAUGCCCAGCUUUGGAUUCGGCAGGCACGUCAAACAUUUCCCCGGCACUUGGUGUUUCUUGGACUGGAGGGCGAUGAACCCCCUGGCAGCCGCUUACUCGUUUCUUUACGGCGGGGUCAUGCUGGUCCUUAUUGCUGUGACUGUGCUCUGCAAUUUCGCGGUCUGCAUAUCCCUGGUGGGAAUGAGCCAGAGGACCCGGGUAGUGAGAGCUGAGGUCUGCGAGCAGGACGGCUCCAGGCGCAGGUUUCCAAAGCUGACCUCCGUGACGUCGGCCGCGGAGAUCCAGAUGUUCUGGCUGCUGAUCUUCAUGACUGUUGUAUUUCUGGUCUGCUCCAUUCCCUUAGUGGUGCGGAUCUUUGUAAACCAACUGCAUGGCCCAGCUCGGAUAUCAGCAGGAGAAAAGCCGGAUUUCCACAGCGAUCUCCUAGCAAUACGAUUCGCGUCCUUCAACCCCAUCUUGGAUCCAUGGGUUUACAUCUUGUGUAGAAAGAAUCUGUUUGUCAAAGGCUGCGAAAGACUGAAGCGGGCGUCUGGGAUUGUGCGCGCAGAUCGCAGCCGUAAUUUAGGAUGGACAAGUGGGCAGAACACGCUCCCGUCGUGCGCUGACAGCAAUCCCACCAGCUGCGCUUCUCUGCGCACUGGGAACUUCAGACGAGACUCAGGAAAUCAGACCAUCAUCAGGACCAAGUCGUUCACCGAUUUUACUGUGCACCAGUCCUGGGAUUACGAUUCGGCGCGGCCGAGUUUUCAUCCCUUUAGCGUGGAGUAGGAUGCCAAAGCGAGAUUGGACUACGAUUCCACUGAUCCGACCCAGAUCGGCAGAGGAUGAAGCCGUUUCACGCCCGGGUUUACAGGAAGCACCCGUGUGUCUCUGGGCGCGCAAAACCCGCCGGAGUGCCGGGCGCGCGCUCGGGACGCACGGUGUGCACUGUCGCGUGCAGCUUCAGCACGGCGGCGUCGCGCACGUCUGAGAAGUGCCUUUAUUUAAGCACCGUGCAUGGAACGUGAACUGCGCUCUUUGGCGAGUGAGAGAAAUUAUGCGAGUCCCGCAUCGAUAAUGUGAUGUGCUUAGUCGAAGAACUGUAGUUAAAUUCAUAUAUAUUUCAAAUAGUUUUUUUACGCAAUCGACGGUGCUUAAAUAUCUAUUUAAACGCGCAAAUGAAAUGUUUGAGAUAUAUUUUUGUCAAAACAACUAAAUGUUUUACAGUAGGAUUACUUGCUACCGCUACUGUGUGCAACGCUUUGUUCAAAACGCUUAAAGUGUGUUAAUGAUUAUUAAUACACAAGAACAGGGACACACAAGGUAACCCUUCAAAUGCUGCUGCAAAAUACAGAGACACAGUUAUGCUGCUAUCUGAAAGUAAGUGGUGCCAUGGGGAGCAGAUCUCCUGUGAAAUUAGCGCUUACUUCGGCUACAUGGUGGCGCUUUCUGUACGACCUGGAAAGUUACCCUCGCGGGUGCACGUUUUAUUAGUAUUCACAUGAAAUCCGUCCGUGGCGUAUCUUUUAAAGGGGAAGAAUUGCAUUGUGCAGCUUUACCUGAGACUGGCUGUUUUCAGCGGCAGCUUUGCAUUGGGGAGAAUCACCUUCGGCGCCCGCAGGUGAUGUUCCCUUUGUCAGGAUAGGCUAAAUGUACGUUUUCGUUUUAAACUGCAUUUUGUGGCAUCUGUCUUGUUUUGCAUUUUCAGUAAUAAAGUCGUUCAUACUAAC